AUACCUAAUUUAUCGUCUGCUCCAACUCUAAAAUUAUAUUAACCACAUAACUAUGGCUGGUUCUUUGCGGAUUUACGACAAACCUAGUGAAGAAAAACUUCAAGAAGAAGUUGAAAAGUUUAAAACAAGCCAAUAUUUUUAUGGUAAAACAUACUUUAAAAGAAAUUACAAUUUCGUCAAUGAUAUUACAUUUAGGUUCAAUAAUUCGGACAAUACAGCUAAAUAAUGACAGUGUAACAACCAUGACAUCAACACUUUUACCUUCACCCUUUCCAAAAGACUUAUAUGAGAAAGCCUUAAAAGUUCAACAGCCGUUUAACGAAUUAAUGAUAAAAGUUGCACAUGAUAAAGAAUUUUUAUACGAAUGCUUGAAAAAUACAAUAGAAGUAGAUAGUUUUACAAGACGUUUAUGGAAUAUUGCCAAUAAAGUUAUUGAAAUGGAAACAACACAAAAAGUAAGUUUAGGAUUGUUCAGAUCAGAUUAUAUGAUUAAUGAAAAAGAUAACGGACUACAAUUGGCACAAGUUGAAUUUAAUACAAUCUCCUCGAGUUUUGGAGGUCUAGCUACUCGGAUUAGAAAGUGUCAUGAACAUACUUUGUACAGAUGGAAAUUGAAUCAUUUGGCGAAAUGUUUACCAGAAAAUUUGGCAAUUCCAACUCUAAGCCAAGGCAUAAAAGCAGCAUAUGAUUAUUAUAAUUCUGAAAAAGCCGUUGUACUAUUUUUGGUUCAAGACACCGAAAGGAAUGAAUUUGAUCAGAGAGCUUUAGAGUAUGGUGUUAUAGAGUUGAAUUCUUCAAUAGAAAUUAUCAGAGUAUGCUGGCUUGACUUAAAAACUCAAGCAAGGGUUGCGAAUGAUGGAAAAUAUUUCUUCAAAGAUCGGGAAGUUGCGGUUAUCUAUUUGAGGGAUGGCUAUAUGCCAGACCAAUAUAAUGAAGAGAAUUGGAAUAUUAGAUUCGACAUGGAGAGAUCUCAAGCAGUAAAAUGCCCAUCUGUUCACCUUCAGUUAGCUGGGACUAAGCGUGUUCAACAGAAAUUGGCAGAACCUAAUGUAUUACAAAGAUUUAUUAAAGACCAAGAAGUUAUCGAACAACUAAAGGAAACAUUUGUGGGACUUUAUAGUUUGGAUAUUGGAGAAGAGUCGAAUAAAAUGGUAGAGAUAGCUAUUGCAUCACCAAAUAAGUACGUGUUGAAACCGCAGAGAGAAGGCGGAGGUAACAACUUUUAUGGUGAUGAGUUGGUUGCUCAAUUACGCAAAUUAACGCCAAAAGAGAGGGAAGCCUAUAUUCUAAUGGAAAGAAUAUUUCCUCCAACUUUUAAUAAUUGUCUGGUUAAAUUAAAUACCACACCUCAAUGGCUAUCAAUGAUACAUGAAUUGGGAAUAUUUGGCUGUGCAUUGGGAAAUGGACAAAAUAUAAUAUUAAAUAAUCACGGAGGACAUCUAUUAAGAACUAAAGCAGAAAAAGUAGAUGAAGGUGGCGUUGCCAGUGGACAUUCUGGAGCCAAAAUCUAUGAUGCUGUUGUUUGCGGAGGUGGAAUGGUAGGAAAUGCUGCUGCAGCCGCAUUUGGGAAAACAAGCAUGCUCAAUCAUCUCAACAUUCUCUUACUAGAAUCGCAGGCCUACAAACCUACUGAAAAAGUUCAAAAUGUAUUCUCUAAUAGGGUAUCAGCGAUCAGUCCGGCUUCCAUAGAAUUAUUGAAGAGUGUAGGAGCUUGGGAAAGAAUUGAAAAGACCUCCAGAUAUCAACCUGUAAAGCGAAUGCAAGUUUGGGACUUUGCUUCAGAUUCUACUAUAACAUUUAAUAACCCGAAUCCAGAACAUAAUCUUGCUUUCAUAGUAGAGAACGACGUUAUUGUCGAUGCCUUAGUUGAACAAAUAAAAGAAUGUGAGAAUGUAUCCAUGAGGAGUGGAACAAGGGUUGAAAAGUUCGCUAUACCAUCUAACGAAAGUACUGAUCUGGUCGAAUUAACUUUAGAGGAUGGGGAAAAAAUCCUAACAAGGCUUUUAAUUGGUGCCGACGGCGCUAAAUCGCAGAUUAGGGAAGAAUGUGACUUGCACACAACUGGCUGGGAUUAUCAUCAAAGGGCAAUUGUUGCGACAUUAAAGCUACGUGAUCCGACUGAUAACAACGUAGCUUGGCAGCGCUUCCUUAAAAAUGGUCCUAUCGCCAUGUUACCCUUAUCCAACGAAUAUAGUUCUCUAGUCUGGUCAACAUCUGUCAGCGAAUCCAAAAGAUUAAUGGAAUUGGAUGACGACUGCUUCAAGGAUGCCAUAAAUGAAGCUUUUUGGUCAAAUGAGAAUAGAGAUGACGCUGCUCAAAAUUUAUUGGAGACCCUAAAUCAGAUUAUUAGCAACCUUGGAGUAAAUAAACCAAGCUCUACUAGAAUUCUUCCACCAUCCGUUAUAGAAGUCAAUCAAAGGGCAUCAUUUCCUCUUGGCGUUACUCACACGACACAUUACGUAAAACCUAGAGUAGCUUUGAUUGGAGAUGCCGCCCAUAGAAUCCAUCCUCUCGCCGGACAAGGGGUCAAUUUGGGAUUUGGCGAUGUACGUGUUUUGAUUGACCAUCUAUCAGAAAGUGUUUACAACGGUAGCGAACUACCAGAUUAUAAAAGUUUACUAAAGUACGAAACCGAUAGGCAGAGGCACGUUUUGCCGACGAUUGCUCUAGUUGACUUUUUAAAUAGAUUAUAUAGUACGGAUUUUGCUCCUUCUGUUUUGGCAAGAACCUUCGGCUUAACAAGUGUUGAGGCUUUAGAACCAGUGAAAAAACUAUUUAUGGAGCAUGCCAUGAAUUAA